AAAACGUUCAAAUUUCAAAAUAGACAAGUUUGGAGGGAAAUGUCAAUGAGUAACAAAACGAAAAUCUUGAUAUAAUUAUUUGCAGUUGAAAAUAAUUUAUAUUUAAUGUAUCAACAGGCUAUAUUCUUCUAAUUUCAAUUAUUGGGUAUUUCAUUUUUUCGAAAAUAUAAAAAAUGGAUCAGGAAACACGGAAAAAGUUGACAAGGGAAGAAUAUGAGAUACAGUUCUUUGGUUUUUCUCAUACGAUGCUCAACAAGUAUGUGAAAAAUUCAAUAAGAGAAGAAGUGAAAAAUGCAGUUGCAUCAUUAAUGGGACAUCUGAAGAUGAAAUACAGUAAAGAAAUACCCGAAGAAGAUUUCGAUUCCGUAGGUGAUCGACUAACUGAGUUGUUCAUGAAUGCUUCAAAAACUCCUCUGACAAAUUUAGAGAAUACGAUUGAAGAAUGUAUAUCAAUACCGGACCAUGUUCUUCUUGUCGAAGAUGAGAAAUACCAGAGGAACCAGCACACAGGAGUGGACAUGAACGAGCUUGAUAAAAAAAUUGAACAAUUGAAAAAGCGUGCUGUCAAGGCCAAGUACAUGGAAUGCCGGCUUCAAGAGGAAUUGAACUCUGUCGCUACUUUCGCCGAAUUAGGAACAAGGAAAGUGAAUGAACUGCAAAAGAGGGCGCUCGCCAUGAAAGAGAAGAACAAAAGAAAUAACGAAUUAGUUGAAAAGUUGGAGGAAAAUCAUGAUUCCGAUGAUGAGAUCUCGAAAGCCUAAGCCCCAAAGCUUAUAGCAACUAGUUCUUAAACUAAUUAUAAGGAACGCCUGGAAGAAGUGGAUCCAUAUAUCACAUGAUUUUUCAAUUAGAAUUAUGUUAACUAUCAAGUGGUAUAAAAUCUCUACGUUUAUACAUCAUUAGUUGAUUGAGAAGGAAUUGUCAGAAGCUUAUUUUUAUUUAAAAAUAUAAACUUAAUAUAGAAAUAUAAUAUAAAAUUUAAUAUAAAAAUAAUAUAAUAUAAAAAUAUAAGCUUAUUUUUAUUUGAAAAUAUAAACUUUCUGCAAUUCCUUCACUACGUUAUUAUAUUAUCUGUGGAAAGAUUUAGAUGUGAAUCAACCAAAAUAAUAGGAUGGACAAGCAAUUACCCAUCAAUCUGUGUAAUAAAGUUUGUAUGAUCAAUUUUUGUAGUAAACAUAUUUGUGACCCGUUAUACAUAGUUUUGCUGCGUCAUUGCCAGCAAAUUUUUUAUAUUAAAAUGACGUGGAUACUACUUAUAGAGAAACAGUUUCUGAGA